AUGUCUGAAGGGACGAGUAUGGUGACUAUGCGAAAAGACGUUGCAGGGGGAAUCGUGAAGGUGCUUACCCAAAACAAACAAGGCAAAGCGGUGGAGUUCAGCAAAACGGGCCUCGAACCGAUGUACUAUUCGCUCUGCGUGCUCAAUUCUUUCUCGAUGAAGAGGAAUAUGAUCGAAAUGGCGAUCGAAAUCAAGUCGGAUAGAUGCACGGGCUCGGCAAUUUGGUUCAUAGCUAUGUGUUUAAAAACAAACGAAGAAAAUUUAUCCGACUCGGAAGACGAGACAGAAACCUUCCUCAGCCUUCUCAAGAAUUUCAAAAUCAAAUGGCUUGAAUGCUUCAAAAUCAUUCUAGCAUCGAGAGCGAAGCAUGGAUACGAUGAGCACUUGGUUCAACAAAAUGCAGAGUACAUUGAUAAUUUCAGCAUUAUUCAGAGCAUUUUGCUGAUAAUCAUUCCAUUCAUUCAAGUUUAUGUUUUGAAGAAGAUGUUUGUGGAGAAGACAGUGCGAGUUUAA